AUGUCAUGCAAAAAAGGUGGCUUUGUUUGUAAAAAACAUGAUAACAUCAUAGAUUUAUUAACUGUUUGCCUAAAUAAAUUUUGUACUAAUGUUCAAGCGGAGCCGCAUUUAAUUCCAUUGACAAAUGAAAAAUUUAAUUUCAAAACUGCCAAUACCAACGACGAAGCUAGAUUGGAUAUAAAAGCAAAAGGGUUUUGGAGAAAAGGAGAAACUGCAUUUUUUGAUGUUAGAGUUAGAGAUGCCAUUCAUUAUUUUAAGCCAGUUCGUUUGAAAGCCACAAGGCGUUCUUACACUCGUUUGAUGCAUGAUUUUAUUUCAACGAAUUGGCAUGCAAAACACUUCAACCAAGGUGUGAGACUUGCAAAAAUGAAUGGAUUCCUUGUGGUGACUCUUUUUGCUCUUGCAAGAUGCGCAACAAGAAACAGUAACGAUAAAAUUGUAGACGAGUUAAAAAACCAGUAUGAAUCAAACGUAAACGAAGCCACAUUAUUGCCAAUUCCUAUAAAUAGCAACUUUUUGGAAACAGAUCUAAUGGCUGUAGCGUCAGCACCUUACAUUUCAACAAGAAGCAAGAGAAGUAAACAAGCAGUAAAAGUGACAGAAUUUACAGACCUCAUGGAACCAAGUUUUUCGAACGAGCAAGUAAACGAACUUAACGCCAAGGCAACCUCUGCUCUUAAAGUGAAGAGGAUUACAGAAAAACCGGAUAACUCUCAGAAAAAGAUUUUUAGUUUUAAAAAUACUAAAGGAGAAAUCAAUUCAAUUUUUUCACAAAUUGAGUCUGCAAAAAGAAACAAACUAACAAGGAGUGAUAUCCGAAAAUUAGCAAAAAAAGCGCUGGCGCUGGCAACAUUACAAAAAGUUAAAGAAAAACAAGCAAAUAGAAAAAAAAGUGGAUUAACUGAAGGGAUAAAAAAUUUACCGAAAAAAAACAAAAACGAUAAAAAAAUAACAAUAAAGAAGAAGAAUUUGAAAAAAGGUUCAAAAGGUCGAAAGAAAAAGCCUGAAUCCAGAAGCAAACCUAAAGAUAAACUAAAUAUUAGUACAAAAAAAACAAAUAUAAUUGAAUUAAAUGAAAUUUCGAGCCUAAAUAGCGAACUAAGUGAUACGCUGACUAACGCAAAAAACAGCCACUUACAAAAAAAUGCAGAAAUAAGUGACAGUAAGAUGGCGGAUAGUAUAGAGAAAAACAAAGAGGAUACAAAAGAAAGUUACAAAAUGCAAAAAGAAGAUAGUAACGAUGAGUUAAUGAAGAACCAAAUUUUAGAUACAUCAGAUAAAGAAAUCGAAAGUCACGUCCCUGAGACAGCUGGCAUUAUUCCAGAAACAAUUAAUUCUUCCAAAAAGUCGGAGUUCUCAGAAGAUUUAAAGAAAUCAACUAAGAAUGAUCAAAGCGAAUUUAAAGAUCAAUCGGUAGAAAUUUUGAACUAUAAAAAUACAAGUUCCUCCGAAAUGACCUCCCCUGUAUUUACUAUUACAAAUGUAAACCAAGAAAACCAUUCUAACGCAAACUUCACUUACGAUGAAAAAAAAUCAACUAUUGAGAAACCUAAAAUUGUUAACGAAGAUGACGCCAAUCUAUCAGAAAAAAGAAGCAGUAUAGAUCAAACGCAUUUAUUAAAAAAUAACACGACUGUAGAAACGCCCCCAACUCAAGAAAUAAAACUAGAUGAGAUAAAAUCAUCUCUUCAACAUUCUAUAAGUUUAGAGCAUAUUGUAGAUUCAGAUAUGGCAAAGUUCAUUAAAAAAAGUGAACCACCUGAAGCCCUGGAAGAAAAAAUCGACUCAUUGAAAUCUGUGCUACUGAAAGCUAAUGAUAACAAAGUACCGGACCGUUUUUUGGUCGAUCUUCCUGCUGGUCUAAGAAUGAUUGCAUGGAAAGAGCUCAUUAAAAAGAAAAAAGACGAAUUAGAGAAACUAGAAGCGAUGGACCGAAAAAAAGUGUCAAAACCUGUCACCAUUGAUAUAGAUAUAAAUCAAGACAAAAUAGACGAUAAUACAGUAUCAGCACUUUUUAAAGUUUCAACCGAAUCUAUUAACAAUGAUGCAACUAAGAAUUUUGAAACAUCCAAUAUUAAUAAUUUAAGUACAGUUAAAAAACAAGACGAAAAACAAUUAAUAAAACCGGAUGAAAACUCUGAAGAGAAAGAUGACAAUUUAAGCAGCCGCCACGUUAAGUAUUUAAAAAAGCAUAUAAAAAGUGCUCGAUCUCUUAGGAAGCUUAUUGCAAAAACCCUAGUCGGACAUUGCAAAUCAACAGGCAAACGCAUUCUUGAAGCCUUUGUGGCCAUGGACAAGGCACUUGAACGGGCGCAAGCAAUUGCCGAAGUUAUUGGUCAAAAAUUUCAUGUUAAUACCGAUUUAAUCAGCAAUCUUGUCGAUGACAAAGAGGAUGAAGUGGUUGAAACAUUCCUCAGAGAUAUAUUCACAAAGCUAGAUAAAUAGAAUAAGGCAUCACAAUUACUUGCGCAAAUAUUUGCUAAACCGCCAUUAAUUUGCUAAAA